AUGAACCUACCAACAUUUAUGGAACAGCAAUAUCACAUAUACCAGAACAUCCAUUUUGGCUUACUAUUCUCCGAUGCUUCCAACUUUUUCCUGGCUAUGGUGAGAUAUAAGCCAAAAUUUGACGAACAAAUCCUAAUGCUAGUAGUCAUUACGCCCCGGUCGCUUCCAAAGCUCUACAACUAUUGGAUUCAUCUGGCUCUAGAAGUUACCCUUGCCAUCUUCUACCUUACCACUUUCUCACUUCUGGCAUCUGAGAUUCCUUUGUGGGAUGCCUUUGACAGCAAAUUUUGGACUGGAGACCUUGACAAAACGUUGGUCUCGGCAGCUCGCGCAUCUAAGGCGGCCGUCGCACUAUCAAUCGUGCAAUUUUUGACACUGCUAGGCUCGAUGGGCUUUAUCGCCUAUACCAUCUACAUUUAUCGUGCCAAUUCGACCAGCACAUCCGCCCACGCUCGACAAAUCAACAAUCGUUGUCUCUCCCAUCACUACAGGACCUCUCCAUCGAACCAUUCCCCUACAACGGUAAAUCCAUUUUCUCGCUUAGAAACACCAUCGUCUCCUCGACCUGUCUUUUCUCACCAAGACAGACCUAUAAGUUUACCAGUUUUACAGGAGCGCCCCGAGAUAGGUGGAACGUAUAGAAUGAGAGAAACCUACGAGAGAAAUGCACCAAUGCAGAGCCAUUACAGAGGUGGAGAGGUAAGAAUGGAGGUUCAUGGCCAUGGUGAGGGAGCGAAGAUCGACAGAUCCGAAGAGGAUGAUGAGAGGAGGACUGAUUUCUCGCCGGCUUUCGUCUAA